GGAAGCCCGACGAGAGUGCGCAUUGAUUCGGUAGCUCGGCGUUAAGUUCAGCGUCAUGAUGAGCUUUUCUAGGCUUGAGAAAGUCUCGUUGAUCGUGUUUGUGUUGUUCACGAUCGGAAUCGUGGAACUGAUCGUCACCGACCCCGUGGACGAGCACCAGGAGCAACCCUUUUGGCAGUACAUCCUGCGGGAGUUUAUUUUCAAAACGAUGUCAUCGCCUCUGCCUGACGACGCUCUUUACAAGAAGAUCAAAGACGCUCCGUUCUAUGGCGGCUCGUUGCUGCCGGUUACAAACAACGAGGACGCGGUCCUGUCGAGCGGCAAUGUCUUCCGGAUGCUCGACGAACAGUGGAUCUUUUGCCAAGAUGAUUGCGAGGAUUGCGGAUCUUGCGGGCAGCAACGAAAUCCAAUUGUGAAAUGGGUCCUCAAGAGAGUGAAGCGGAAGACGAGUGGGGACUCGCCAAAGUGGGAUCUCCAAUUGACGGUUUUACCGCAAUCGGAUAUGUUCUUUAACGAUGGUUCGACGGCCAGUAACCGAUCGGCACCGAGUGCAAACGGAGCUUUGCAUUCGUUCGGUGCUGACGCGGAGAGACCCAGCGAGGAGAACAACUGGCUCGGUAGCAAGACUCAAAGCACGGAUGGCGCAGAUUAUUUUGGAAAGGAGCGGGAAUACGAUGAGCAACGUUGGAGGAAGUACGGAUCGAGAAGCAUUCCGAGGAUUAAAGGACAUCGAUCGGUUAGGCCGGUCCGGCGACCGGGGGCUCUGCCGCUUCAUCGUUCACCGGAAAGGGUCCGCGGUGAGGCGGAUAUUCGUUUGAUCGUGGGUGUUGAUCAAUACGGUGAAAGGCAUUUAGUCCACAUGGUUCCGGGGUCUUCGCUACUCGAGAAUAGAGGACGGUUGAAUCGUGCCCAAAGCCCUCGAGAAUCCACUCAAAAGGUGGUUCAUUCACCCCGCGUCAUGAGAACGACAACGGGGCUUGACUCGAACGAAAACGCCGUUUAUAACGAAUUGAUUGAUCGGAUCUUGGACUCUCUGGCCAGCCAUAGAAACUUCAUCGAGACUUUUUUGUUCUCGGAACGUCUUGUCUCCCGAAUAUCGAACGAAGAUGCCUCGCCGCGCCGAUUCUAUCCAGAAGCAAUAAACCGAAAUGAUAGGUUCGACGGGCGAAAUGACAAGCCUCCCCACAGUGCUGUCUCUUCCCAUCAAAUAAGCAACGCUCGUCCCAUGCAUUCGGAGUAUCAGGCAGAUGAGCAGGAUCAACAGGACACGGGCCGUACUGAUAUUACGAGGAAAAUAAACAGGCCGGCAGGUCUCGAGGACCAGAGUUCUUUGAUGCAGUAUGAAUCGUACGACGCCUCUUCAAACGAUCACCAACAUGACGAACGAUCUUCUCUUCAGUCCGACGCUGAACGCAGACGUCGCAACUCCCGCAUAAAACUAACGAACCCAUUCGAACUGGGCAAUUUCACUCGGAUAGAUGACGCUGAUUCGGUAUUCACCGCUAACAGGAAACUCGUGUCGAACUCCCCUGAUCGGGAUCCGGUUAAUACACAAUCGGGGAUCAAUCAAACGGAUGCCCGGAUCCAUAGGUUCCCAGAGGAAACUAUGGUUCGAGUGUAGCAAGUCUGAGCACUGUUCAAUACGUAAUUAUACUCACCGAUAUCGAGUUAUCUAGAGAAAGUUAGAACCCGAGCUCAACAAUGACGGAUCUGUUUGCGAAAAAGCCGGAGAUAAACAUCGACCUGAGCAGCAUUGUCUGCGCUCUGCGCGCAGUCGUCGCGACUCCGAUUUCGUUGUACGUUUGGUGAUAUUUCAGAGAAAUAAAGCGAACCUCGGGCGUCGAUACGCCGCAGGUCGGGCCGUUUGAACGUUUGCUUUCGAACGCUCGGCCUCGAGACACAUUUUCAUAUACCGCCAUACGACCUUAAACCCAGAAAGUAAAAAUUAUGUCACACCAGAAAAAUAAGAAUUGUCAAAAUUGUAUAUCUUCGAAGUACAAAAAUACUGAAAAUCUCGCUCAACAAAGCGAAUAUCCACGAUUACUCACUGA